CAAACUAAAGACACCUACAUCGUGGAUGCCCUCGAGGAAAUUGGUUUUAAAAUGUCUUUGCUGGAGAAGAUAGAAGGACAUGGAGAAGAUGGCACUGAAUUUCCAUUCACAGCGCCCUGUCUGUUCGGAAGGAAGCUGGACUGUGAUAAUCAUAUUCAGCUGCCGCAGGUGUCAGUGGAGCACCGUAAAAUAGAGCUGAAUGAGAACAACGAGCUCAUUUUGACCAAUUUAAGCUCUGUGAACCCCACACGUAUUAAUGGACACGUUAUUAAUCAAUCUGAACAGUUAAAGCAUGGUGAUCUCAUCACAAUCAUUGAUCGUGCUUUCAGGUUCGACCCAUCUCCCAAGACACUGACAGCUGGACAAGACAAAACAGUUCAGGCUUUGCAAGAGCAGCAGGAAAAAAGCACACCCGUUCAUCCAGAGAAGAGGAAGUCGUUGCAUUCAUUUGACACUUGUUUAAGAGAUGGGUCAAAUUUACCACCAUCUGUGGAUCAAUCUGUUGAGAAUGAUCCUUUUUCUGAGCUCUACCAAAUUAGCUCUACCAAAAAAACGGACAUUGUUGCGAAAUCACCAUGGAAAUCUGAGCUACCGAUGACACCUCUUGCAAGACCUCAGGUUGAUCACGAGGAAGCUCCCGCUGCAGAUGUUAAAUAUAGCCCUGAACCGGUAACACCUCCAGAACCGGAUAUCGAGGUUAUUUUAUCCUGGUUAGAUGAAUGUUUUACUGGACCAGCUCUCCCCCAGAGCUUAUUUCCUGCAAAUCAGGAAGAGAAACCUGCUGAUUAUAUGCCGUCUGUAGGGUCCGUCACCCCCUCAUUGACAGAGAAAGGUGUAACUCCUGUCUCCCAGAAGAAGAGAACACCCUUGAAAACGCCUCAGAAGUUCAGUGCUGGUGAGGUUGUCCAGCAAAUUCUCUCAGAGCCUCAGUCUGAGGAGAAAACUCCCAAAUCCCCAGAAGGAAGGAGAAGUGUUGGAUCACAGGAUCAGAGCCUUGAUCUCCAAAUGCCUUUUGACGAGCCUCAGACUCCAGGCCCAAUAGGCAAGAACACUGAAGUGAAAAUGUCACCAAGAACAUCCCCGAGAUCAAAUGCUAGCAAAAGGUUUGAAGUCCAGGAUGCUCCGCAUGAGAUUAAGGCUACAACAUCAAGUCCUAAGAAUGGCAAUGAGCUCCAGGUGCGGACAGCUGAAUUUAUUAAAAUGAGGGCUGAACACAGCCAUUUAUUUACCGGGGACAAAAACUUAGCCAAUAAGGCUUGGGGGGUUGUUCUGAGGAAAAUGUGCCUGCAGGGGAAGUACACUCCCAGAAAAGCGGCACGAAAAUGGGACUACUUAAAAACCCAAUACGAAGAUUGCAUACGUAAGGGAAAGAGAGCUAAACCUUGGCAGUGGUUUGCCCUCAUGGAUAAGGUGUUCCAUUUCGAACUUGCCUCCUCCCCUAAGCACACACCAGACUCAAGUUCAGCGGUGCAUGGCGAAGAUGAGGAGGAGCCACGACCACCACCAGCCAAGAGAAAAAGAGGCCAUGUCGAUGAGCUGGUCAAGAUAUCAGAUGAGAGCACACAGUCCCCGACCCAAACCCAGGCCAACACCCCACAGCCCGGAUCUCCUGACUCCCCUUAUGUGCCAUCACUCUUCACACCUAAAACUUCUCGCCGCACUCUCGCUUUAGAGAGAACGGCUGAGGAAGAUCAGCCAUGUGUCCUGAACGGCAUUAAUAGCAAGCCAGAUGAGGUAGAGCAUUUUCUUUUAAGUUUAGCUGGGCCAUUGAGACACCUUCCUCCAUGCCGUCGAUCCGAGGUUAAAAUCAAAUUUCAACAGACUUUACAUGAAGCAGAAUUUAACAAUAAAUAAAACAGUAUCAUGCAUAAACAAACACACACACACACAAAUCACUUUCAAAUAGACAAAACAAAUAAUACAUAUGUAACAACCAAUAAUUUUAUUUUAAGGGGCAACUAUUGAAAUAAUUUGCAUUCUUAAUAUUGUUUUUUAAUUUAUUUAAACAGAGACAAUGUGCAAAAAACGUUAAUUAAAGACGCUUUGCACCAGAUUUAGCUUAAGCUAGUUUCCAUCAGUAGUCCCCGAGCAGGUGAAUUACAAUACAAAAUAUACAAUAUAAAAUGUAAUUAGUAAACUAUUCAUUCAUUCAACCAUUCCCCAUUACAACCAUCAGUAAAUCAUACCAAGAUUACUACAAUAAAACGUCACUAAAAGUCAUAUUUACAUACAAAUAAAUGAUUAUUCUUCCAUUUCUUUUUCUUCUUCUCACCCCAUAUGACCGCUUGCAGGAAAGUUAUGAAAUUUGGCUCACUGAUAGAGGAGUCUGAACUGUCACUAUAGCAAAUUUGGAGUCUCUAACAAAAUUCCUCUUGCGCCUCCAACUUUCCAAACUUUCACUCAUGUUAAUGCUAAUAACUUUUGAACCAUAAGGGCUAGAAAACAAAUUAGUUUUUCCAAUGAUUCCAUGACUCAAGUCGAUUUGAUUGAAAUCAAUCAAUCAAUUCCUAUGACGUAAUUUUCCAUCAUGAAUAAUUUAUUGGCCAUUUUGAAUUGUCAGAAAAACCUACUUUUUCUAACUCCUUCUAGGCCGUUGCUCUGAUUUUCACGUAAAUUGAAUCAGAUGUUCAGACCAUGUCAACAAAAAGUUAUGCAAUUCAUGUCAAUUCAUCAAACCGCUCUCAAAUACCGUGCAAACUAAUUUUAAGCUUUGAAAACAAAAGUAAGGCUGUAUCUCUGCAACGCUUUAUCAUAUUCAGACCAAAGUUGGUACAUGUCAUCACAAGCAUGCCUUGUGCCACUCGAGUGGCUUAAAUACCACUCACUUUCAUGUUUUUUUGCACAACCAUUGCUGUUUCAACACAUUUUUGACAUGUUUUUCUGUGUACGUUUUCACGGACUUUGUCCACUGACCAUGAUUUCGCCAUUUCUUUUUUGUACAUUUUCUUUUUUCUUUCUUUUUUCUUCAAGCAAGUCAAGCAAGUCGCUUCACAACAGGUGCUACUGCGGUGGCUGUUACUGGCUAUUUAAUGUUUGAUGUCUCGCAAAUACAAUGACGCUGGUAGUGACGAUUCUGUCUGACCAUUAGUGAUCUUCAGUGUUUUCACGCCACAUUUUAGUAUUUUCGGAACAUUUUGGAACCUCAACAGUGGUGGUACCAUUUAAAGCGAAUACCGUACCAUGCAGUGAAAAAGCGCCACAAGUGAGCCGUACCGAGCCGAACCGUGCCGUACCAUGCGGUGGAAAAGUGCCAUAACAGAUCAAAACAUAAAAUUGCCAUUGACUUCAGUACAGUAUUGUGAUAUAAAAUGUCAUACUUAACGAAUCCAUUAGUGUAACAUUACGAAACUCAUUACGUGCCAUCACCACCAUGCCCAAAGGUACUCAAAAGAUUUUGAGACAGCGCCACCUUUUUGUCAAAUGUUAAAAUGAA